GGUGACAUCAAGCAGGAGGUUGGAGGGUACCGGGAGGGCCCCCCCUACCAGCGGAGGGGAUCUCUCCAGCUUUGGCAGUUCCUUGUGGCUCUAUUGGAUGAUCCCACCAACUCCCACUUCAUCGCCUGGACUGGAAGAGGGAUGGAGUUCAAGCUGAUUGAACCAGAAGAGGUAGCCAGGCUGUGGGGCAUCCAGAAGAACCGGCCAGCCAUGAACUACGACAAGCUGAGCCGCUCU